AUUGAGAGUUUGAUUUUUAUCAAGAUUUUUGGAAGACAUGGCUUCUGGUCGUUGUGCAGCUUGUAAAUAUUUGAGAAGAAGAUGUCCUCAAGAUUGUAUUUUCUCUCCUUAUUUUCCUUCAAAUAAUCCUCAAAGAUUUGCUUUUGUCCACAAAAUUUAUGGUGCCAGCAAUGUUGCAAAGAUGCUUCAGCAACUGCCAAGUCAUCUAAGAGGUCAAGCAGUAGAUUCAUUGUAUUUUGAGGCACAAUGUAGGAUUGAAGAUCCUGUGUACGGCUGUGUUGGGAUCAUCUCUGUAUUACAUAACCAGAUCCAGAAGGCAGAGAAUCAGCUUGCCAGGACUCAGGCUGAGAUUGCUGUGUACAGCUCCCGUGCAAAUCCACUUCAACUUCCUCAACAACAACAAUUUGAAGCAAACCCAAUUUUCAUCAACAGUUCCUGGACGAAGCUAGAACAAUAUGGCACUGGCACUAGUAGUUUUGCAGCUGCUAAUUUCAACUAUCAAUCUCCAUAUGGGUUUAAUUAGAUUUUCUUGCAUGACACGAGAAAAGAUUAG